AACAGCGUUGUUUGAGCAUAUUCGCGAUGCUGGGCUAUAUUACAUGCUCCUUCGUAAAGCAGCAACUGAAGGGACGAUGACCUGAGGGAGGAAUGGCUGGCUGACACGAAUACCCACUUUGUUGCCAGUCAACUUGUUAUGGUCGGCGAAACGAACAAGAACGACCGCACUAUCUGUAGACACUACGGACGAGCUCCCUCUGGACGACGUGCAGCUGUCCAAGCUAACUUUGUGCAUGGGGAACGCUACAAUCUUCUAGCUGCCCUCGCGCUUGACGGAUAUGUGGGUACACGUGCUGUGCAAGGCUCAAUUGAUAGUGAUGAGUUUUUCAG